CGGGCCGCGGGUCGGCACGCCGCUGCUGGCGCGCUCGCAGGCCACUCGGACGGACGCGACAGAACACCGGAACGUUCAGCGUGUGGACCAGCCAGGCGCGGGGCGAUGCUGCGGGUGCGGUGUCUGCGCGGUGGGAGCCGCGGUGCCGAGGCACUGCAUUACAUCGGGUCUCGGCUUGGAAGAAUUUUAACAGGAUGGGUGCAGCGAACUUUCCAGAGCACCCAGGCAGCUACGGCUUCCUCCCGAAAUUCCUUCGCAGCUGACAAGGCCACAGAUCCUCUGCCCAAGGACUGCCCUGUCUCCUCUUACAAUGAAUGGGACCCUUUGGAGGAAGUGAUUGUGGGCAGAGCAGAAAACGCCUGUGUUCCACUAUUCACUGUGGAGGUGAAGGCUAACACAUAUGAAAAGUACUGGCCAUUUUACCAGAAGCAUGGAGGCCAUUAUUUUCCCAAAGAUCACUUAAAAAAAGCUGUUGCUGAAAUUGAGGAAAUGUGCAAUAUUUUAAAAAUGGAAGGAGUGACUGUGAGGAGGCCUGACCCCAUCGACUGGUCACUGAAGUAUAAAACUCCUGAUUUUGAGUCUUCAGGUUUGUAUGGUGCGAUGCCUCGAGACAUUCUGAUAGUUGUGGGAAACGAGAUUAUUGAGGCUCCCAUGGCAUGGCGUGCUCGCUUCUUUGAGUACCGUGCAUACCGGUCAAUUAUCAAAGACUAUUUCCACCGUGGCGCCAAGUGGACAACAGCUCCUAAGCCCACAAUGGCUGAUGAGCUUUAUGACCAGGAUUACCCCAUCCGUUCUGUAGAAGACAGACACAAAUUGGCAGCUCAGGGAAAAUUUGUGACGACUGAGUUUGAGCCAUGCUUUGAUGCUGCUGACUUCAUUCGAGCUGGAAGAGAUAUUUUUGCACAGAGAAGCCAGGUGACAAACUACCUGGGUAUUGAAUGGAUGCGAAGGCAUCUUGCUCCAGACUACAGAGUGCAUAUCAUCUCCUUUAAAGAUCCCAACCCAAUGCAUAUUGAUGCCACCUUCAAUAUUAUUGGACCUGGUCUUGUGCUUUCCAACCCUGACCGACCAUGUCACCAGAUUGAUCUUUUCAAGAAAGCAGGAUGGACUAUAGUUACUCCUCCAAUACCAGUCAUCCCUGAUGAUCACCCACUAUGGAUGUCAUCCAAAUGGCUUUCCAUGAAUGUCUUAAUGCUAGACGAAAAGCGUGUUAUGGUAGAUGCCAAUGAAGUCCCAAUUCAAAAGAUGUUUGAAAAGCUGGGUAUCAGUACCAUUAAGGUUAACAUUCGUAAUGCCAAUUCCCUGGGAGGAGGCUUCCACUGCUGGACCUGUGAUGUCCGGCGCCGAGGCACUCUGCAGUCAUACUUUGACCAGGCCUGAAGGGGCUUAGCUUCAAACAAGCCUAGAAAGCUUAGGGACAAGGUCCACUCUCCUCCUUUAAGAAGUUCAUGAACUGUAGUGCUUUAAACAAUCAUAUCCUUAAUAGGGGUCCUAAGCCUGGUUUAUUUUUAUUACUUUUCUUUGAUGUGAGGAAAAUAACUUGUGCUAGGUCUUACUUUCUACUUCUAAAGUUAUUUACUAUUUGGCUUCAAGUAUUAAAAUUUGGUGAAUGUGUACCAAGACAAAACUAGUAAUUGAGUAACUUGGCUGCUAAUAUUUAACCAUCUACCUCUGUUUUUAAUUUUCUUUCCAAAAGGCAGCUUGAAAUACUGGUCCUAAUCCUUUUUUUUUUUUUUUUCACUUUUUGCUAGACUCCUGAAUGUUUGUAUCACUUUUUUUUUUCUAAAUGAAAGAUUUAGAAUCAGAUAAUUACCUUAAGUAGAAACAGAUAUUGUCUCUUUUUCUAAUAACAAUAGUUUCAGAUGUUUUUUUAAAUAACCUAGACUAUGCAAACAUUUAAAUGAAUUUUCCAUGAAUGUUUUUAUUAUUCUCAUCUCAACACUUGUGAUAUUUGCUACUAAAACCUUUUCAUACAACUUACCUCAUUUUAAGUGAUUUAUUUGAAUCUCCUUUUCUGUCCAAAAUUUUACAGAAAUAUUUAGUGCAAUAGGAUAUAAGUGUUAGUUCCCAUCCCUAAAUUUUGAUUUUCAAUAUCUAAUGUAUACACUGCAUGUUUGGUAAUCUAAGAUUUGUUUACAGGUAUGCAAAAUAUUUAAAGUGCAGAUUUUAAAAAGCAUUAAAAAUACUAAAUGGAGGUAAAAUCUACAUACAAUGUGAAAUAAUUUUUAUGUUGGAUACUGUACAUGUAUUUUUAUUCUAAUAAACUUUUGUGUUAUAGAAUGGA